GAGGACGGUAGCCGUGCGCGCAUACGGAGCACAUUGGUGCCGCUGGCGUUGGAUCCAAGUGAUAGUUGUCCCCAGAACUGCCCGAUUUCCCAGACUCAGCCGACUUCCCAGUUCAAUAGUUUCGAAAAAUCGCUUUCGAGUGCUCUUUUUUUGCCUGUGCUUUCUGGUUUUCUCGCCGCCUGCUGAGAGAUCUGAGCGAUCUGAGUGCUGCGUCCAUGGCUGGCGUUUGGAAUUGUGAAGGUCAGCGCGUCGUCGCGAUCGGAAUUGGAAUCGGAAUUGGAAUCGGCAUCGCAAUCGGACUCCCAUUUCAGUGUGUGUCGUAAUCCGGCCAAGAGAUCGCGUUUGGCAGCCGUUAAAGAAAAAGAUACGAAGACUUGGUGUAAGUGAUACGGGAUACCUACGCAGCCGGACAGUCAUGCACUGCCCAUGCCUCCACUAGCUGCACUGCAGCAGCGCCGGAAUGUUGGCCGCUGGCAGCAGUGAGACCACUGACUUUGGGCCACACUCGCGGCAGCAAUCGGCUGGCACGUCCACGUCCACGUCCAAGCGAACCCACAAAGCCAGCAGGCACCGUCCGGGUCCAGGUCCUGCUCCUUGUCCUGGUCCUGGCCCAAUGACCACUGGUGGCCACAGCGCAGCCAGCGGUAACGGAAACAGCAGCAGUGGCGCUCUGAGCGCCCUUCCCACGACGAAGGGAGGCGUCAUGUCCGCCACCACGGUGACGGCGACGACGGGGAAGGCCACGGUCAGUCACGGCCAUGGUCCUGGGCAUGGUCAUGGUCACGGCCACGCCCUUGGGCGUAGUGACACGAGAGGCGGCCGGAGUGCGGCAGGUGGACGCUCCAACGUGGACGGAUUCGUUGGCGGCAUCGAGACGUAUUUGGGCCUCAUCGGUUGGCGGAAAAAGUGCCUGUACACGCUGCUGCUGCUGCUGAUGCUGCUCAUUAUCACGAACCUGGUGCUCACCCUCUGGAUACUCAAGGUGAUGGAGUUCUCAACGGAGGGCAUGGGGCAGCUGAAAAUCGUACCCGGUGGCAUACAGCUGUCCGGACAAGCGAUAAUUAUGGACAUGCUGCGCGCCUCCACAAUCCGUUCGCGGCACGGCCAGCCCAUCUCCAUAGAGUCAUCACGUAACUUUUCAAUCAAUACACGUGAUCCGAAUGGCAUGAUUGAGAAUCAUUUAUUCCUGGGACACGACAAGUUCGAGUGCCUGUCGUCGGGAUUCCGCAUAAACGACACCAACGGACGCAGCCUGUUCUCCGUGAACCGCGAUGAAGUCACCAUCGGAGCACAUGCCCUGCGGAUCGACGGCGAAGGCGGCGCCGUCUUCCGGGAGUCCGUGCAGACGCCCCACGUGCGCGCCGAGCCCGGCCGGGAGCUGAGACUCGAAUCGCCCACUCGCCAAUUGGAGAUGACGGCGGCCAAGGACAUCAAUUUGCAGUCGCGGGCAGGAGGCAUAGAAGUCGUGGCCCUGGAAGACGUCAAGUUCCGAGCCCUCGAUGGGAGCCUGCGCCUGGAGUCCUCCAAGAUACUCAUGCCCAACCUGCGAACGGCACAGCCGCCCAUUCUGGGCACUGCCCAGAGCAGGGAUCACAUGCAUCGCGUCUUCCAGCUCUGCGCCUGCUCCAAUGGAAAGCUCUUCCUGGCGGCACCCCACUCCAUAUGCGCCGGCGAUGAUUCCACUGUCUGCAGAUGAUUGCACGACUCGGCGCGCUGGCAGUCCACAUCCACAUCCGCAUCCGCAUCGUCCACAUCCAAUAGAUCCUCGUUCAGGUUCCGCUCCGAAACGGACACGGAUGCCGAUACGGACACUGAUUAGGGAGCUGGGUCUCCGGAGUUUUGACAGACCGGUAUGCAAGUAUGCCAGUAUGCAAGUAUGCGAUUCAUGGCGGAACGCGGAGCAGAUCACAGCCAUAGCCACACCCAUACGCACACGUUCAUGCUGAGUUACUCAUAUGCUAACUGGAACGUAGGACGGUAUACCGUAUACUAUAUACCCAACUAGUGCAAAUCACUUACACCCACACACACACACUUACAUACGAGUAUAUGAAUAUGUACGUACAUGCGUACAUCCUGCGUUCAUAAUCGUUCAUACCCACACACUGUCGAGGGAAUUGUACCCAAACUCGAAGGACAAAAUCAAGAGCUUCUUAGACACUUGGAUGUUGUGUACCAGUAUAACCGCAAUUCGGCCAUUCGGAAAUUCGGCUAUACAUAUAGGCAUAGUACCCAUAGACCUAUAUAAUAUCACCAAGUCAACCACUCACUAAUGGAGUAAUUAAAUAGACAGAUACGAUGUCAUAAUCAAGCGUAGGAUGCCGUCACAGUCGAAUCCCACAUCAGUAUUGGCGUUAAGUCUAAACCCCUCAGAUUGAAUCAGAUUGAAUGCAACUCGGUUGAAGUUUAGUUUUGGCAGAAAUCACACCACACACACAGCUCGCCUUAAAAACAAAGAAAGUAUUUCUACUAGUUUUCGAUUAUGAAUAUACGCUAAUGUUCACCACUCGGUUUAAUGAAGCAGUGUACGAUGAACUCAAACGAUUAUUCUUUAUAAGUAUACAUCUGAUCCGUUUCCACAAAGCAGUCCAGAGAUAUUGUACAUAAGACUGUCGAACUCAAAGAACUGCAAACUGCAGCAUAGCAUCCAUCACGAAUACAGAUACAAAUACAAACUGAAUAGGACCUACUCAUAACCGUAUUCAUGUAGAUAUUCUCGCGGACACUAAUGAAAUUUAGAAAAUGUUUAUACGAUAACUACAUACUACGAUCAGAAUAUGCAACACCCGAAGCAAACACAAUACGAAGACAAUGAAUAUCAUCCAAUAAGUCGCAAGAGCUAUUUAUACCUAUACCUAAAUAUACCUAUACCUAGAUACAGAUACAGAUACAGAUAUUAACUGAGAUUCGAGUAUGAGUAUGAGUAUGAGUAUCAAUAUGAAUACAGAAAUAAAUAUGGGUAACUGAGUUUCGAUAUGGCUAUGGAUAUAAAUACGAAUAUAGAUACGAAUAUAAAUAUGGAUAUAAAUAUGAUUAUAAAUAUGAUAAAUAUGAUUAUAAAUAUGAAUAUGAAUAGAGUUGAAUAUGAAAUUGCCGUUGAAUUUGUCAAGUGCGGGAGCACUGAUAUAUAGAUAUAUAUGAAUAAAUGAAUGUAUAUGUAUAUGUAUAUGUAUCAGUAUGUAUGUACACCCAAUGCAAAUGCUUUUAAAUGGACAUUAAGUAUAAUUUGUUGUUGGUUUUUUUUAGCACGAUUAGGAAACAUAAAAACGUAAUAUAGGGAAAAUACAGAAUCAUAUAUCACAUACUACAUAUAUUGUAAUACAGC